GUAUAUCGCCAUUCAUGUGGAGACACUUUUUUUUGGUUGAAUGAAAUGUGUUGAAUAUCGUUGACUGAAAACAUAUAUUUCAAAACUCACAGAUAUACUAAUUCGGAAAUCAAUUAAUACGAAGAUCUGCAUCGAACUAGGAACAGUUUCAUGGUUUGAAAUGGUUCUUUGAGAUCAUUAUUCUGGUUCAUUUAUCGAAAACCUACUUGGUAAAAAUGGAGAGAUGGAUUGGAAAACUUGCUGUUGUGACUGGAGCAAGUUCUGGAAUUGGUGCUUCCAUCGCUGAACACCUUGUGCAGAGAGGACUGAGGGUGGUUGGACUUUCCAGAAGAAUGGAACGCAUGGAAAAUCUAGCUGAGAGACUACAAAUACAUAGUGGCACACUUUAUGGAAUUCAAGUGGACAUGACCAAAACGGAUGAUAUCAUCAGAGCCUUCGAAAGAAUUGAACGAGAAUAUGGUCCAAUACACAUACUAGUGAAUAGUGCUGGGAUUUUCGCAAAUACGUCCCUGAUCGAUGGAGAUAUCAAAAAAUGGAGGGACACUUUCGAAGUUAAUGUUUUAGGUCUUUGUACGGCUACGAAAGAAUCAGUGGCUAGUAUGAUGAAGCACAACAUAGAUGGCCACAUAAUUCAUUUGAAUAGUGUCGUUGGCCACAGACCAGUGGAUUUUCUUGGAGAAAAUGUUUAUCCUGCUUCUAAGCAUGCUGUGACUGCCUUAACAAAUUCUUGGAGGAAUGAGUUAGUGAAGAAAGGCACCAAGAUUAAAGUCACGAGUAUCAGUCCAGGGCUCGUCAAAAAUACAGAAAUUUUCGAAGCGUCUGGCUCAGAGAUGGCCAACGUAGAUUUUGGUGAAGCACUUACACCUAAGGAUAUAAGUGAAGCAGUUCUUUACGUUUUGAAUACUCCUCCCCAUGUUCAGGUUCAUGAUAUAAUUUUGAGGACUACAGGUUCAGACGUAUGAAAGGAAGGUAAAUUGAAUGUAUGGAAUAAAUUGCUAUUUAUAUUGUCAGCUGUAAAAUUGAAUAAAAAAGAAUUUAUUCUAA